UACCGACCCCCUGGCGUGCUCCAGCAGAACAGCAUGUUUGGGGAUAUAGGCGACAGCACUGCUGCGGGCUGUACUCUAGCAUCACUGUGCCUUUAAAGACUCGUAAGUGCGCCGGUUUCAUAGCUCUCUGUCAAGUUCCCACAACUCCAACGCACUCUGCGCAAGGAGUACCUCAAGCGUAAAGGCACAAGCUCACCUUUACAGCAAGACCCAUGGAAUUAUAACUAUGGAAUGCCACUGGAUACUGUUUUCUGUCUUUUUACAGUUAACCUUCAGUCCAGCAAACACAAAGCCCACCAUCCACCCAACUGGCCCCCAUUUUGUCGUUCCGCUCAAUGCACCCAUCACCCUGCGCUGCCAGGGUGAUCAUUUGACGCAGUGGCAGCGGGAGGACCGGCGAAAGGUGCGGGGCGAAGACAGGAGACAUGGGGUGUCCAUUCUGUACAUCGCGAGGGCACAGCCCGUCCACAUGGGCCGCUACAUCUGCCUGGAGGAGAGUUCAGGGGAGCAAUCCUCCAUCUACGUCUAUGUAAAAGAUCCUGACAAUCCCUUCAGAAAAUCAAUGGUGUUCAACAUCCUGGCUCGUGUGGGAGACAGCGCUUCCAUUGCAUGCCUGGCAACUGAUCCAGGUCUGGUUGAGCUGCGCCUAGAAAAAUGUAAUGGUGGAGCCCUGGCCUCUGGUCUGCAGUAUGAAGCCAGCUUGGAGAAAGGCAUCGUUAUCCUCAACACAGAAAAGGCCUACGAGGGUUGCUAUGUCUGCACAGGAAGACUUGGAGAAACCUAUGUCAAAUCACACCAUUAUGAUCUGACAGUGAGACCAGUGCCUGAUGCCCCUCCUGUGAUUGAACUGCGAGCACCUAAAAGAGUGAUUCUUACCCAGGGCCAGAAUCUCUCCCUCACCUGCAGCACCACCAACGUCAAUGGAGACAUCAAGCUGAGGUGGCUCCCUCCACCUGGCUCGGGUGCCGUCUGGUAUCCACAGCAACCAGCAAAGGUUGACAGCACUUCACGAAUCCUGACUGAGCCCUUCACUCACGUGCGCAGUGCCACCCUACGUACCACUGCAGUGGGACCAGAAGAUACUGGAAGGUACCAGUGUGAAGCUCAGAAUGAGAAGGGGAUCAGUUCAGAAUCAGUGUGGCUAGAUGUUUAUGCUAAAGGCUUCAUCAACCUAACCCCUGCAGAAAACAGCACCAUCCUAGUGCGCUUGGGGGAGAGCCUGUCCCUAAAUAUUGAUAUGGAGGCUUACCCAGAACCACACACCUUUUCCUGGAGUUUCAUGGGUCGAGAGCUGAGGAACACAUCUGACCAUGUCAUCGCCACACACAGUAAUGCACACAGGUACAGCAGUGAGCUGAGGUUGGUGCGGCUGCAAAUGUCAGAGGGUGGAGUUUACACCUUCCAAGCCUCCAAUGGUGAUGCAACAGUCAAUCAUUCAUUCACGGUCUAUGUGAUCAGUAAACCUGAGAUCAUAUCUCGCGAUGGCCCGGUGGAUGGACAGGUACGCUGUGUAGCACAGGGGUUCCCCGCUCCCCAAAUCACCUGGUACUACUGUGAGCAGCCGUAUAUUAGGUGCUCCCAGCAGGUGAACGCCACCCAAGAGGAGCACGAUGUCAUCACCUUCACAUUGUUCAGUCCCUUGUUUGGAAAGACCGGGGUGGAGAGUCGAGUGAACAUCAGCAGUGGACGGUUUCAGACUUUGGAAUGUGUGGCAACAGUGGAGGGAGAGCAGGCAUACACUCUCUUCUCUAUCAGUGAGAGAACUGUUCCCCAUGAGUUGUUCACUCCUCUCCUCAUUGGCUCUGUGUCAGCAGCAGCCUUCCUCUGUCUCAUCCUAAUUGUGCUGUUCUACAAGUACAUGCAGAAACCCAAAUAUCAAAUUCAGUGGAAAGUCAUCGAGGGUAUCCAUGGGAACAAUUAUGUAUACAUUGACCCCACCCAGCUGCCAUAUGAUAACCAGUGGGAGUUUCCCCGAGACAAACUGCGCUUUGGGAAGACCCUGGGAUCUGGAGCCUUCGGUAAAGUGGUGGAAGCUACUGCAUACGGUCUCUCCAAAGCAGAUUCAGUCAUGACUGUCGCUGUGAAAAUGCUCAAACCAAGUGCCCAUGCCACAGAGAAAGAGGCGCUGAUGUCAGAGCUCAAAGUCCUCAGUUACCUGGGAAACCAUAUGAACAUUGUCAACCUGCUGGGAGCCUGUACAGUUGGAGGUCCAACACUGGUAAUUACCGAGUAUUGCUGCUUUGGUGAUCUCCUGAACUUUCUACGCAGGAAGAGAGAAUCCUUCAUUUGCUCCAAGAUGGAAGAAAACAGUUACUACAGUAAUGUCAUACAGCAACGAGACAUAGUUGGUGACAGCAGGAGCGACUACAUGACCAUGAGGCCUUCUGUCGCUGCCGCUCUGCCGUCCAGCUUGUCCUCUGAGAAGAGACGAUCACUGCGCAAAGGUGGGUCUUACAUUGACGUGGAUGUUGUGAGUGAAAUGCUUCAUGAAGAUGGUCUGUCUCUGGACACUGAAGACCUGCUCAGCUUCUCCUAUCAAGUGGCCAAAGGCAUGGACUUCCUCGCCUCCAAGAAUUGCAUCCACAGAGACUUGGCUGCCAGAAACAUCCUAUUGACUCAAGGAAGAGUGGCAAAGAUCUGUGAUUUUGGCCUGGCCAGAGACAUCACUACAGACUCCAACUAUGUCGUCAAAGGCAAUGCUCGUCUGCCAGUGAAAUGGAUGUCUCCGGAGAGCAUCUUCGAGUGUGUUUAUACUUUUGAGAGUGAUGUCUGGUCCUAUGGCAUCUUGCUCUGGGAAAUUUUCUCAUUAGGAAACAGCCCGUAUCCUGGUAUGCCUGUGGACGCCAAGUUCUACAAACUGAUAAAAGAAGGAUACAGAAUGGAUGCACCAGAGUUUGCACCCGAUGAAAUGUAUCAGAUUAUGAGGUCCUGCUGGGAUGCUGACCCCUUCAAGAGACCUCUGUUCAGGAAAGUCGUGGAGCGGAUUGAGCAGCAGCUGUCAGAUGCCACUAAGCACAUCUAUCUGAACUUCAGCUCCAGGAUUCCUCUGACGCCAGGAACGAGGGAGGACCAGAUGACGCAGAAUGCAGCAUUUCACCAUCUCAGCUCAGCCGGCAGUGCUAGUACGCCGAACCAGCCCUUACUGGUCCAUGAUGAGGUCUUCCUUGAGGGGAUGGGCCUCAGAGCCCACAGGGUGUAAGGACCCACUCAAUUCAGCUGGCCGCCCCGUAAAGUGCCUGUAAAGUUGAACCACAAACCACCCAACCACUACACCCUCUCUCCGCCCCAGUACUAAUGACAUUUAUUGCCAGACAGCAUGUUAAUUACCAUCCAUUACCACAAUCAAAAAGAAGGACUGCUUGUGAUCCAUAAUUGUUGCCUGCUGAUUACAGGGAGGACCACUGGACAAAUGCUCCCCUUCUCGUGGGUAAGCCCUGUUAAAGGACUGGGGUGUGGAGGGAAAUCACCUUUUCUAUAAACUGUCAUACAGUCAUAUAAACUCUCCAUUGUUAAAAUACACUGUUCUGUGCUUUGGUGUUUUCAGUUUUUCAGUUACAUUUUUUUCCUAUACAUUUCAUAAUCUUUUGUUUUUGGCACUUAAUGUAUAACUGAAACUUUUCUUUCUAUCAGAGGCUUUUCUUUUUAUGUUUUGUGUUUAUUAAUUUUUUGUUGUAUUUCUUUCUUGAAAAGUAUGUAGCAUUUUUGUUAUGGUUGGAAGACUGGUGUUGUAAUUGUUGGAUUGAAAAAGCACUCGAGGCACUUGAAUUUCACAUCGUUCCAUACACCACAUGAUGCAGCUUUUAUUUCUUUAUUUUUACACGGUUUUAUUGUCAGUAUUAUUUCCACAUGUUCAGCUCUAUGUUUAUAUGAAGGAGAUACUUUUGGGGGCCAAUUUAAAUUGAGUUACUGAGAUACUGGUAAAUAAGCUAAACAGCAUGGUCAGGCAUGCUUGGAGUCGAUAAGUGCUCUAUUAGGAGAUAGGCGGUCAUUUUAUUUUAGAUACUACUGGACAACAAAUAGCAGACUUUACUGAAUUUUCUUAAUCUGAUUGGCACAUAAGGACAUGUAUCACUACAAUGAUCACAUCACACACAGUAGUCUUUCGAGGCUGAUAGCAAUGUCUCAAAUUGAAAUGGUAUAGACAUGGUACUUUAGCUUUGCAUUUAUGCGCUUGGUCACUGUACAGUAGACAUGUAUAUAUCUUUAGCUUAUGACAGUAGUUGUUGCAACAAUGAUGUAACAAGAUUGGAAUCAUCGGAGUUGUACGUUUUACAAAGAAUACAUUCUGUGAAAUCUAUAACUCUGAGGAGCAUUAGCUUUCUUCUUAGAUGUGCUGUAUAAGCAGGUAAAUGCAGGUGUACAGUUUCACAGCUGGAUUGCUGGAGAGUUCCCUUGUACAUGUGUAAAUAACUGGUUUGACUUAUAUGGUUUCUCUCCUGCCACAUCCAGUAUGUGAUCUUUGUUUACAGUCAUAAGACAGGUACUGCCAUUUCUGAGAUAUGUUUUCUUGACUUUCCUCCUUCCAUCCCUUCAUGAAGGACUAAUAAAUGGGAAACUUACUGUUUUGGCUGACAGGCAGCUGUUGCUCUUUGCCCAAUGCCACAACUGUAGUCCUCUCUUGUAUAGGACUCAAUCAUGAAUAAAACCUGAGUAAUGUUAACGUUUUUUCAAGAUGUCCUUAGUGGGACUGCAGUAUUCCCCUGAGGUGACUAGCCAGAGGAAAACUAAGUAUUUUAAAGGCCCUAUAUAAAGUGUCGCUGUACCCUGUUGGUCACCUCAUUGUGUUCUGGCCAGUAGCUGGUUUCCCAGCAGUCCUUCUCUUCUUUGUAUCCAGCUGUUUCCUCCAUCAAAAGUGGGACUUCCAGCACAUCUCAACCAGUAGUGUGUAUUAGACAAGACCAUUAUGACUUCCCUCUUCCUACAGGUGGAUGUUGUUGUGAAGAGCACCAGGAAAGUGUCCUGUUUGUUUGUAUGUGUGUGUGUAUGUGAGUGUGUGUGUGUGUCUGUGUGUGUGUAUGCUUGCAGAGUAAAAAGAGGUGCCACUAUUAAAGACUCAUCAAAUUGUAUAGGCUACUAAAGUCCCACAGUCUUAUUGUUCUGUCUUUUGUAAAUAUCAAAGUGCGUAUAUUGUAAAGCAAUGUUUAUGCUUUUGAAAAUGUUUUAUCUUAAUAAAGAUAUGGUACACUGAUGCAAAAUUUUAUCAUGCUGUAUUUUCUGAUGUGUGCACAGAUUGCAAACUGUAGAUGAAACUAGAAAGGCUUCUUGUCUCUGUCACCAUGGUUACUUAAAUGAAAUUCAUUUUGAGCAGUUAAAAUUCAUUAUUUUAAGCCUAAUGCCAAUUCCCUUGGCAAUUGCAACGACAUGCUGUCCUACAAACAGGCUCAACUUUUCUCAAAAGUUUGAAUAGUUUUUUUGUUCUAAUAUUCACACUAUCACGGCAAAAUGACAUUACUGCAUGUUGCAGUUUCUCUCAGAAUAAUACAGGCUUACUGUACAUUUCAAUUUACAGAUUAUCUUGUUGUCCUUAAAUCCUAGAGAAUAGUGCAUUUUGCUGCAUCUUAAUUAAAUCUGAGGCUGUAAUUUUAUUUGAAAAUCUAAUAUGUGUUGCUAUAAUAUGUCAAUGUGAAUAAAAUUGUGUAUAUUGAACUCA